GUUCGCUCGACGUCAAUGGAAAUUGGGAACACGGUCUGCAGUAACAAAUACGGAGAUGGGGACUAGUAAAAAUAUUUUCAAAAUUAAAUUAAGAUAAAGUAGUGUUUUUCUGUAUAGUAUAACGGGAAUUACCAGAAAAGUUCGGCGAUGUCUCAAUAAGUUAAGUCAUGUCAGAGGAACAUGAUGGUGAUGUCGUUGAUAGUGAAAGAAUCCUGGACAAAGAGUGUCAGACGUGCGAUGUGACUUGUGAUGAAGGGAGUGCCAAUAACAGUGCCACUAGCAAAGAGAGUGAGACGAGCGAGGUGGAAGAGAAGGGUGACCUGUCCGAGAAAGGAAACGAACCCAGGGGCAGCAUCAUAUGGACGGAUGAGAAGACGCACCUUCGAGUGUCAUGGAACUUGAAGGAAGGAACGGCCACAGACAAAGAUUAUGUGGCUCUUUGUUAUACAGAGACCACAAGCAUAGCCGGUAUCGCCAGGCUCGUGCCGGCGACCGGAUGCGACACUGGACAUAUAAUGUGGCUGCUUGAUGAGCCCAAUCAGCCUUAUGAAGAUUGUGAACAACUGCUCUGUUUCCGUUACUACAAUGGCGAAGAAGACGAAUGCGUUGCAGAGUCUUCUACCCUACCACCACGAUUUAAAAUUGAUCUUAAAAAGCUGCCACAUCGGCUUAAAGAGGGAAUCUCGAGGAAAAGAAGCGGUGAUCAAGUGUCACCCUUCUCAUAUAACAAUGAGAGUUUCGAAAUGAGUUCAGAAAACACACCUCGAGUUGAAUUAGUGAGUACGAGCCAGGACAUCAAGUAUCUUAGUGAGAAUGUCAAUAAAUGCUCAAUUAGCACCUUAGGAAAUAAUGGGACCUUAAAUCUCGAACAAAUAAAUUGUGAUCAUAGUAAAUCUCUAGUUAGUAGUAGUACUGAAUCUCCUAGUGAAUGUCCCAAUAUUUUGGACUGCAAACCAACGUCAUCUGGUGUCAAAAAGAAAUGUCCUCCUCCUGUCGAUACUGGUGGUGGACAAGUUUUGAAUGGUGUCAAGAAAAAAACUAAUAUGAAUAUCGGGUUAGAAUCUCCGACAUCCCCCGAUGGAACUGAAUAUUAUAAGUUAUGGUCACCGCAGAAUCCUUGCAAAAUUAUGAAGUUUGUUUAUGAUGUGGAAGGUGCGAAUGUGCCAAAUGAUGCUCAAAAAUCUCCAGUUCCGCCCUUACCACCUAGACAAUCACAUAAACCUCUAGAAAGAAUGCACGCUUUACCUCCGAUUGUUCAGAGGCAUAGGAAACCUAAAAAGUUAACAAAGCCAGAAGAUGCGUUUACUUUUGAGCUGAUAGACACUGAUGAACAAUUUUUUACGGAUAAUAACAUUGCCAAUUCCGCAGCUUUGCACGGAGAUAUUAAUGAUUUUAAACCUGGAGAAUUUUAUUCAGGCGUUCAAGCUCCCAUUUCUUCAACCACAACUUUUUUAAGAGGAUGUCAAAAUGUUGCACCUCUAGCAACUCCUGAGACUGAAGGUAGCUUAUGUGACUCAACUAUAUCUUCCAUUAAAUUAUCUAAAUUUGUAGAGGAUAAGAAGUCAGUCGAUGUACCUGAUAGCACGCAAAAUGUUGGUAAAAGCAACAUUGUGUUUAUAAAAGAUAUAGGUCCUGACAAUUAUAUUACAACAACUUUCGCCAGAAAAGAGAAAAAUGUUGAAGGUGAUUUUCAUUUGACGCCUAAUCACGCAAAAUCUGAUGAGAAGGCACAACAUACAUUCUUAAAUGAAAUAUGUAAUCGUGUAGAUUUCGAAGACGAUAAUAGACAUCAGGUCGAAGAAAAGGAAAUUUCUGUAGUAAAAGGUCACAAGCCCCUCACAAGACAAAAUUCGGGGCGAGCUACGCCGACCAUGAUGACAGCAUUUUUGAACUCGUCUCAUAUUGAUGGGAGUAGUCGGGAAGGAGAGCAAGAAAUCCACACCGCACCCAGUUCCUGUAAUUCAUCCCCUUCUAGCUCUCCCAUAGAAGAAGGCGGAAAGACGAUACCAAAUGUUGGGACAUUGCUGAUGAAUCGAAAAUAUUCGUGUGACAGUUCCACUCCUAAACACUCAAGUUUACCACGUCAUUUGUUAAAAAAUCUCGGAUGUGAAAACAAUACCAAACAUUCCCCUCACAAAUCGGUACCAUCGAAGGAUGUCCCAGACAGUCCUAUGAGGCCUCACCCGAGAGUCUUAUCCAGAGUAGCUGCGCUAGCAAAUACGACCGUUCCACAAUGUCCACCGACACCGACUCAUCACGCGAGAAGAACGCGGCCGUUGCCGCCACCAGAUCUACACCCACCACCUAUACAGAACUGUGAAAACUUUGAAAUGGUAGAAUUCACAAAUGAAUUAAGAACAUCGGAGAUUAGAUCGCCUAACUUAGAGUUCGUUAAUAGCAACCAUUUCACUAUCGUUCACGCUGGACCACCUGAUGAUGUGGUUUUGCGGAGACCGCAAGCCGUGGACGACACUGAUGAUAAUGAAAACGCGGUAGCAUCGCCGACACCGUUGCGGCAUAUGGCUGGGAUAAGACUACCCUCCAUACCCGAGAGAGCGUCCAGGCAAAUGGCCUUGACAGGAGAUUUCCCGGCUAACAUGAUUGGAGGAAUCAUUGAAUGCGAAGAACCUUUGCCACCUGGUUGGGAGGCUCGUAUGGACAGCCACGGACGUGUCUUCUAUAUUGAUCAUAUAAAUCGCACAACAACGUGGCAGAGGCCGGCUGCCAACGGCGCAGCGCGUUCGCCUGAACCAGAAGUACAGAGGCGCCAGUUAGAUAGGAGAUAUCAAUCUAUUCGUCGCACGUUGACGAGGGCGCCGCCUGAGGAGGAAGAGCCCCCCGCGGGGACGUCCAACGCGCCCGCCGCGCCUCACGCCCCACAUCCCGCCGCCGAGUUCCUCGCACGACCUGACUUCUACUCCAUAUUGCAUAUGAACCUGGAAGCGUCAUCUCUAUACAACUGUAACUCCACUCUCAAACACAUGAUAUCUAAGAUCCGUCGGGACACCAGCUCCUUCGAGCGUUAUCAACACAACCGCGAUCUCGUAGCUCUGGUCAACAUGUUCAGUGAAACCGACAGGGAGUUGCCCUUAGGAUGGGACUCCAAGCUCGACAGGAACGGGAAGCGUUUCUUCGUGGACCACGUGAUGCGUCGCACCACAUUCGUGGACCCCCGCCUGCCUCGGGCUCCGACCGCGGGACCGUUCUCUCCGCUGCUGCCUCCGAGGCGGAGGCCCAUUAUGACCGACCAGGCUCCCACUCCGCCGCCGAGACCUCCGAUAUCCACAGCCGACUCGUACUUACAGAACUCUCAGCAAGAGAUACCCAUAGCAUACAAUGAUAAGGUGGUAGCAUUCCUCCGUCAGCCCAACAUCCUGUCCAUCCUGAAGGAGCGCUGUUCAGGCUGCGGGACCGCCUUGAGGGACAAAGUUAACGCGGUUAGGGUUGAAGGAGCGUCCGCACUCGCGCGGUACCAAAACGACGUCCAGCUGACAUGCCUGUUGAGCCUCUUCGAGCAGGAGAUUAUGAGUUACGUGCCGGCAUCUGGGGCUCCAGAACCUUCGCCGGUGGCGUCCCCGGCCGCCGCGAGGAGCACCAGGGCUCCCGCCCCCCAGAGAAGGGACUUCGAGGCCAAACUACGAGCCUUCUAUAGAAAACUCGAGAGCAAAGGAUACGGUCAAGGACCAGGGAAGCUAAAACUACACAUCCGGCGCGAACAUCUGCUAGAAGACGCGUUCAGACGGAUCAUGUCUUGUAGCAAGAAGGAGCUCCAGAAAGGCAAGCUGUGUGUGCUGUGGGAGGGCGAAGAGGGCCUGGACUACGGCGGACCCAGCAGGGAGUUCUUCUUCCUCCUGUCCAGGGAACUCUUCAACCCUUACUAUGGACUGUUCGAAUAUUCAGCGAACGACACAUACACAGUCCACGUGUCGCCGAUGUCCGCCUUCGUCGACAAUCAUCACGAAUGGUUCAGAUUCUCCGGUCGCGUGUUGGGGUUGGCGUUAGUUCACGGCUACCUGUUAGAGGCGUGGUUCACUCGAGCCCUGUACCGAGCCCUGCUCCGCCUGCCGCCGGCUCUCGAGGACGUGGACGCGCUCGACGCACAGUUCGCCGCGUCACUGAGAUGGCUUCAGUCCGCUCGCUGCGUGUCCUCACUGGAGCUGACGUUCGCGGUGUCCGAGCGUCUGGCGGACGGGCGGGUGUUAGAGAGAGAGCUGAGGCCGGGCGGGCGGGAGCUGGCCGUCACCGAGAGGAACAAGAAGGACUACCUCGAGAGACUGGUCCGCUGGCGCGUGCAGAGAGGAGUCGCCGAUCAGACGGAGUGGCUCGUCAGGGGGUUCCAUGAGGUGGUAGACCCUCGCUUGGUGGCAGCCUUCGAUGCUCGCGAGCUGGAGCUGGUGAUCGCGGGCGCCCCCGAGCUGGACGUGGCGGACUGGAGGACACACACAGAAUACAGGGGAGGAUACCACGACCACCACCCCGUCAUACUCGCCUUCUGGCAGGCCAUCGACAGAUUCACGAACGAGCAGCGUCUCCGGCUGGUUCAGUUCGUGACGGGAACGUCGUCUAUACCGUACGAAGGCUUCUCGGCGCUCCGCGGGUCCACGGGGCCGCGGCGGUUCUGCAUAGAGCGCUGGGGUCGCACGGAGUCCCUCCCGCGAGCUCACACCUGCUUCAACCGCCUCGACCUGCCGCCUUACCCCACGCUGCAGCUGCUGCACGAGAAGCUGCUCCUGGCCGUGGAGGAAACCAACACCUUCGGCAUAGAAUGAGCUCCUUCACACGAGGAUCGAGAGCCGAAGCCGACCCGCCCGCUCGAGGACGUCUCCAGCGACGUCAGCCACACGUGUCCGCUCCGCCCGACCGCCUGUUCUACUCGAGUAUAUUAUUGUGGCUGUGAACCGGGACCCGAUUCCGGAUUUAGUUAUUACGCUUUCACUAAUUUAUAAUUUUACUAACCGUCGAGAUGCCGUCUCAGUAUCUAUUAUUACUUAUAGAGGUCGACGUUCUGUAAAGGUUACUGUAGGAGCGUUCUCUCGCUGUCGAUGGCUAUAUCAGAGAUGCUAUUUAAUUUAUUGAAAUGAAAACAGUACUUCCUAGUCAGCUAAUAUAAAUGUAUGCUAAUCGAACCGCGACAAGAGAUCACAGCUUCUUCCCGGUAGUUGAUACUGUUAAGGAAAUUAAAAUACUAUUUGACAUAUUGUAUGUUGAUCUUUGCUUAAUGCAGAGCAAAGUCCGCCGGUUGUAAGCGAGGUCUGUACUCUCGUCUUACAAGCCGUCUCAUACUUCGUUAGUGCGAACGCUAACUUCACCGUUUAUUGUAAAUAAACUCAUUAUUUAUUUGUCUCGUGCUCGCACUCAAGUGUAAGUUUAUGUUAUUUUCUAGUAUCAUAGCUCUAUUAUGUUAAAUAUUUAACUCCUAUUGAAUAUUGUUUAUGAUUAAAUUUUUAAGUAAUUUGUUUUGUGCGGAAGUGAUCAAAUCAAAAUGUCAAUAUACAAUAUAUUACUUACAUGAAUAAA